UUCAAAUGUAUCUAACAACAAGAAGAUAAUAGUUUAUACACUUUAGUCCACUCUUUACAUGUUGUUAUAAACCACCGCUACCAUCCCAUUCCUGCCGGAAACCACCGUCAGAAAAUGGCUUUUCAACCUCAAAACCUAUAUCUCUGUUUUUUCAUUUUUAUCUCAACCCUGCUUAUCACAACUGCAAGAGUAAAUCUCGACCAUUCAGACCUCAAUGCAUUCUCCAUCAUCAACAAAGACUUGGGCAUCAACGGUCAAAAAAGUCCCUCUACCACCACUCCAUGUAACAACCCGGGUGUGUUUUGUGAGAGGAGACUCUCUAAAAACAAUACUUAUGUUCUUAAAAUCACUAGACUUAUCUUUAAAUCUCAAUGUCUUGAUGGGUUCUUGUCUCCGGCUAUAAGCCGGUUAACCGAACUCAAAGAGCUUACGGUUUCUAACAACCAACUUAUUGACCAAAUCCCAUCUCGGAUCGUUGACUGUAAGAAGCUUGAGAUUCUUGACCUUGGAAACAACAGAUUUUCCGGCCAAAUUCCAUCUGAGUUAUCAAAACUUAUACGUCUUCGAGUUCUUGAUCUUUCUAACAAUAAGUUUUUCGGAAAUCUGAGUUUCUUGAAGCAGUUCCCAAAUCUUGAGCAUCUCAAUCUUGCUAACAAUCUUUUUUCUGGGAUUGUUCCACAAACUAUACGUUCAUUUCGCAAUCUUCAGUUCUUUGAUUUCUCGGGGAAUGAUUUUCUUGAAGGACACGUACCGGAGAUGAGCAAAGCUGAAUAUAUCAGGUCAUCAUCUCAGUAUCCAAAACGUUACAUUUUAGCUGAAAGUAGCAACAAAACAUCAACUCCGGCUAGCAGAAAUGCUACUUCUGCCGCCGGGCCGGUCUCUGCUCGAGCUCCAGCUCCAUCAUUAGUUGUCCCUCACAAGAAGAAGAAAAAAAGUACCAAGAGAAAGCUGAGUGGAUGGAUCUUGGGAUUUCUAGCCGGAGCAGUAGCCGGAAGUCUAUCUGGAUUUAUAUUUUCAGUUUUGUUCAAGUUAGCAUUAGCAGCCGUGAGAGGCGGUGGACAAGACUCUGGGCCGGUGAUAUUUCACCCGCAUCUUAUCAAAAAGGCAGAAAAUUUAGCUUUCUUAGAGAAAGAAGACGGCCUUGCUAACUUCCAAAUGAUUGGAAAAGGUGGAUGUGGAGAAGUGUAUAAAGCCGAAUUGCCUGGAAGUGAUGGAAAAAUGAUUGCGAUAAAGAAAGUUAAUCAGCCACCAAAAGAUGCAGCAGAACUAACCGAAGAAGACACCAAAUCUUUAAACAAGAAAAUGAGGCAAAUCCGAUCAGAGAUCAACACCGUCGGUCAAAUUCGCCACAGGAAUCUUCUUCCUCUACUAGCUCAUGUGUCUAGACCCGAUUGUCACUAUCUCAUUUAUGAGUUCAUGAAGAAUGGUAGCUUGCAAGACACGUUAACUCAAGUCGAACAGGGCAAAGCGGAAUUGAAUUGGCUUGCUAGGCAUAGAAUUGCUCUAGGAAUAGCAUCAGGGCUAGAAUAUCUCCACACCAGUCAUAGUCCGCGAAUCAUUCAUCGGGAUUUAAAGCCUGCAAAUAUCCUUCUCGAUGAUGACAUGGAAGCUAGAAUUGCAGAUUUCGGACUUGCAAAGGCAAUGCCAGAUGCUAAUACGCAUGUGACAACUUCCAAUGUUGCAGGAACGGUUGGGUAUAUCGCACCGGAAUAUCAUCAAACACUUAAAUUCACUGACAAGUGUGACAUAUACAGCUUUGGCGUCAUACUUGCAGUUCUGGUAAUGGGGAAGCUUCCGUCUGAUGAGUUCUUCCAAAAUACUCGAGAAAUGAGUCUGGUCAAGUGGAUGAAGAACAUUAUGACAUCUGAAGAUCCAAGCCAAGCAAUUGAUCCAAAGCUCAUGGGCAAUGGAUUUGAGGAGCAAAUGUUGCUCGUCUUGAAAAUUGCUUGCUUUUGCACUUUAGAUGAUCCUAAACAAAGGCCUAACAGUAAGGAUAUCAGGUGUAUGUUGUCUCAACUCAAGCACUAGUUUAAAUUUUCAACGUAUUUGAUAGCAUUAAUGAAUAAUGAAGCUUUCAAAAACGCUAUGUUCUUAAGGUUUGUAUUCUGUAAAAUCCCGCACAACAUGUGCAAGAUGUUGUAACAGUAUGUUUGCAGUGUGUAGCAUAUUUUUCA